AGCUCAUGGCGACACACUUAGCUAACACAGCUUCAGAGUGUCGAUGGCAUUUAAAGGUGCCCGAGACUUACUCAACAGUUGAGCGCUGAGCUUGUUCAUAUUCCUUGUUGGAUUCUGUCUACUGCACCUUAUACAAUGACCUACCAAACCAAACCUACUUCCAAUGGGGUGUAUCGCAUCAAAGUUCUCAACCAGGAUCUUGUCAUCGAAAGCGCCCCUGGUUAUAAUCCAGGGUUGAAGCUUGCUUCACCUUCUCCGACUAGCAACAAGCAAAAGUGGACCCUUACCCAAUUGUCGGGGCAAAGCAACGUCUGGACGAUGGUCAGUGUCGAGGAUGGGUAUGGUAUAACCUACAAGAAGACUGCAGACACCUAUUGGGGUUAUGGAUACCCUUAUCCUCAGAAUGUUCCCUCCUUGAACUGGUCUAUAUUGGAACGAACCAGUGAUGGCCAAACCUUCUCAAAGAUAAAGCUAAGCGGCGAGUCGAACUGCUUCGACUCCUGCGACCCAGGAUCAGAUGCCGUCCACUUUUACUAUGACCAUGCUCAUGUCUACGAUGGUCCCAAACAAUGCUUCGUUUUUGAGUUAGUCCCAAAUGUCAAGCCUUCUGCGCCCCUUGACAUCAUGUUCCUCCAAGACGCUACAGGGAGUCAACAGCAGUAUAUUGACACUGCGCGUAACGGGAUCACCCAGAUUUGCAAUACACUUCUAUCUGGGGGAAACUUCGCUCCGGGAGAUCUCAGAUUUGGCCUUAUUGCAUUCCGCGAUCAUCCUCCUCAAGAUCUGAGCUUCAUCAUCCAGGAAUACCCUUUCACGACCGAUUUUGGAAGUGUCGCAGCGAAUUUAGGCGGCUUAACAGCGACGGGCGGUGGUGAUGGACCUGAAUCUCAAAGUGAUGCUUUGUCCGCUGCCUACAAGGCUGACUGGAAGGACGAAGCGACAAAGGUCGUGGUGCUGAUUACCGAUUCACCCCCGCAUGGAAUUGGAGAGGAUGGAGACGCCUUUCCCAAAGGGUGUCCACUUCAAAUUGACCCGCUCCGUGUUGCGACGAGGAUGGGAAGAGCUGGUAUCACUCUGUACGUGAUUGCGUGCGAACCUACCCUGAGCCAGUAUUACAAGAGAGCGCGUGAUUUCUAUCAAGGAUUGGUUAAGAAAACCGGAGGGAAAGUGCUCAACCUCGGCGAUGUCAGCGUGCUGCCCACUCUCAUCGCUGGUUCCGCUUUAGAAGCAGUCAACAGCGAGAUUUACGUUGCCGAGUAUCAGGCUGAAGUUCGCAGCAUGGCGACCGAUCAGAAAAUGAGCGCGAGCGAAAUUUCUCAGAGGCUACACAAGAACUUCGUGGCGGCAGGCAUCCAACACAACACUCUCGUUGUCGAUAAUAUGUACGAACAGCGUACGCAAGGAGAUCAGAAUGCCGACAUAUGGUUUAAUGCUGAGAAUCUCGACGAGGCAAAGAACAAUAUUCAGGAGGUUGAAGGCAAUCGUAUUCUCGAAAAGUACCAGACCCCUGGGGUAGAACAAUCAGCUGCUGUAGUGGCGCAGCCGAUCAGCUUGGCUCAGGUCGAGACCGUCGUUCAGAAGUGUCUUAUGAGAGAAUCGUGAAUUUAAAGACCAAGUUGUUCUCG